UUGUUUUUAAAUACCUCUCCCAUGUCUAGUAGCAAAGACCACACAGAAAAAGAGCAUUAAUGGAGUCUGCUAAAUCAAAUAUGAAUGGCCACCAAAACAUCAUCGUGAUGCGCCACGGUGAUCGGCUCGACCAUUGUAAGCCACUAUGGGUUUCAACCGCUGAGAGACCGUGGGAUCCUCCGCUCGUACACGAUGGUAAGGUUCGAGCCUAUCAAACCGGUCAAAGAAUCCGAUCUCAGAUUGGGUUUCCGAUUCACCGUGUCUUUGUUUCUCCUUUCCUCCGCUGCAUCCAGACCGCUGCCGAAGUCGUCGCCGCUCUCUCAGCCGACGAUCUCGAUGACAACGCUAUGCCUUCCAUCGAUAUCUCUAAGCUCAAGGUGGCUAUUGAAUUUGGAUUGUGCGAGACAUUGAACACAAUGGCUAUUAAGAGUGACGUUCUUCCCAAAGAUGGGAAGUUUGAUUUCAAGUUUUCAGAUCUUGAAGCUAUGUUUCCUGAGGGAACAUUUGAUCACAAUGUGGAAAUGGCUUAUAAAGAGUUUCCACAGUGGGGAGAAUCUGUGGAAGACUUUAAAGAAAGAUAUGUUAAUACAUUGAAGAUUCUUGCAGAGAAGUAUCCUUCAGAGAAUUUGUUACUAGUCACCCACUGGGGAGGUGUAAGUUCUGUGCUUUACAAAUACUUCAAAGACGCAACUAAGUACUUAGUAGACUACUGUGGUUGUGUUGAGUUGAGAAGGCAGAUUAUGGAUAAUGAUGGAUUUGGUGAAUCUGCGGACUUUGAGGUGGUUACAAGUCAUGGUGUAGCUUUCAAGAACAACAAAGCCCCGAUUCAUGGUCCUCUUAUAAUCCAAUCUCCCAUUUAGACGGCUUUUACAUGAAUAUUUUUGUUUGACGGUUAGAUUCAAUGAAACAUGAUUUAAUAAUUUUUCAUUCUCUUCCAUAGAUUUUCGAAACACCUACAUAUUUAUGGUUCGAUCUCUUUAUUUAUUUUUUUUGGUUUUUUUUUCAUUUUUCCCUUUUCCACUGAUGUAAUCUAUGUUUCAUUUUUAUCA